CUCGAACAGAAUUUCGGACAAUAUCGCUAGAGCAUAUUCGUGAGAAUGGCAGAAGAAGAUUCAGGACGCCCAAGAGCUAGGUCCGCAGCAGCCAGCGAGACCCCGGUCUCACCGAUCGGUGAUCGACUCGUCUCUCCCAGAAGGAGAAUUUCCGCAUGGGAUGAGCCUAUGCCACGACGUCGUAGUGGCAGCGGGGUCCUUAGUAUAGGCGGCCGAGCCUCUCUGGCAGACGGCACGCAACCAUUCACCCUGGCUGGGCCCGACGAGACUCCCCAGAUGCGUCGGGCUCACGAGCCAUUUGUCCAGCCUGGCUAUGCCGAGUUGAAUCCUGAGUAUGAGCAAGGAGUUAAUGCAAGACCAGUUUGGAGUUUGGCAAAGCCUCUACCGCGCGUCGUGAGACCCGGCAUGGUGCCUACGCUAGAGGAGCUGCGACAGGCCCAUAGACAGGCCCCGUGGCCGGCAGCUCGCUCACAUCGCGCUGGCCUGGAUGUUGAUCCUGACGAGUUGACAAAAGGUCGCAUUGUGUCAACUUCAAACCCACUGAAGAUCGCAGCCCAAGUCGAAGAUGCUCGCAUCCAGCGCGAGGCCAAUUUGGCAAAUAAGAUCCUGCGAGGGGAUACGGCAUCAUUGUCAUCGUCCUCUCGUCGGUUGAGACGCGCUUCCACCUGGGCCCUGCCGCCAGACCAGCUCGCCACAGUACCGGAAGGCGAUACUCCGCCAGACGCAGAAAUCAAUCAACCGUCGGAAGAACCCCAGGAGACUGACCCUCUCCUGGUAGACGAACCAAAUGAGCUAGACUUCGCGACACUGGAAAAGUGUGAUGACCUGCACCCUUUGGUGGAGGAGUUGGUCGAAGAAGAAGUGCACAAUCAUCACACAAUAUGGUCCGUCGUGCGUACUCACUAUCGUGAAGCCUUGGCCGAGGCAUUGUCGGUGUACGUGCAGCUCACCCUCGGCUUCGGCGCCGAUCUCGCCGUCACUUUGGCCAACGCAGGAAAUCCUAACACCACUGCCUGGGCCUGGGGUUUUGCCACCAUGUUGGCCAUUUACAUCUCCGGUGGUGUAUCUGGGGCUCAUCUCAACCCUGUGAUCACUCUCGUGCUGUGGUUCUAUCGCGGGUUCCCAACGCGCAAGAUUCCGGGCUACUUUGCCGCUCAGUUCUUCGGGGCCGUCUUCGCUGCAAUGACCGCGUACGCUCUGUACUAUCCGUCCAUCGAACUAUACCUCGACACCAGCUCUGAACUAGGCAUCCUGAACAGUUUUGUGACUGGACCGCGCGCCCCAUGGAUCGGGCCCCCGACUGCCUUUUUCACCGAAUUCGUCGGUACAGCUUUCCUGACGAUCGCGGUUCUCGCUCUCGGCGAUGAUCAGAAUGCACCGCCUGGUGCUGGCAUGAAUGCCCUCAUCCUGGGCCUAGUGAUUACUCUCUUGAGUAUCACGUUUGCCGACCAGACCGGAGCAGCCUUCAACCCCAGUCGGGAUCUGGGCCCCCGACUUGUUUUACUGGGACUGGGGUAUGGCGCCGAGUUGUUCACUGACCCAUAUUGGCUUUAUGGGCCGUGGCUGGGAGCCUUGACCGGUGCCGCCACCGGCGCCUUUCUGUAUGAUUUGCUGGUUUUCACCGGAGGAGAGUCACCCGUCAACUACCCGAUAGAACGAGCUCAAAGGGCCCUACGCAAAACCGCUGUGCCAGGGCGCAAGGACCGCGGCCGCAGAGCAAGUGCUCCGGAGCAUGUGCCAUAGUCGGCCGGGAUCUUCGUUCUUUAUUCGCUGGAGCCACUGCCGGAUACGAUAACAAAAUAUCGCCUUCGAAGCUUUCUGUUCUGCUUGCUCUGCCCACUAUGAUUGAGGAUUAUGCGAUUUUGUGAAUCUAAUUGGGGGUACUGUUGGAUCGAUAGUGAAUAAUUGUAGACAAGCGUGCCAUGUGAGCGGCCAUGUAGUCUCGUACGAUGGUGUCACAGCAUAACUGGUUGAUCGCUGCAGAUGCCUAUGGCACAAAUGAUAGUUCCCGUCAGCUAAUAGAAGAUAUCCCAUAUCCCCUCAGCUUUGAGCAACCUCAGG